AUGGCUGCCAUGCAGAGGCGGUUGGUUGAGCAGAAUGCGAGAGCAGCACCACAGCCUGUGCAGAAUUUGUUUGCACACAGACGGGUGGCUAAUCCACCGGUCAACAAUGCUGGGAUUGCCGCCAACAACUUUGAAUUGAAACCGGGGUUGAUAAACAGGGCAGAAGCACAUGCAUUUGGUGGAACAGGCUCAGAAGAUGCCAACAAGCACCUCACCAAGUUUAUACAAAUUAGCAACACAGUGAAGGCUAAUGGGGUCACCGACGAUCAAGUUCGCCUCAGACUGUUUCCCUUCUCCUUGAAGGAUGAUGCCAAAGAGUGGUAUGAUAGUAUGGGACCUAACUCUGUGCCAAUAUGGGAUGCAAUGGUGCAGUUAUUCUUGGAGAAGUAUUACCCGCCCAACGAGGCACUUAAACGGCAAGCAGAAGUUAUUCAGUAUGUGAUGCAGCCUCAAGAGAAUGUUCAAGAGGCAUGGAAAAGGUUCAAAUACUUCAUGAGACGAUGCCCCAACCACGGUUUAAGCCCGGGGCAACAAAUCCUAGCUUUUUACAGGGGAAGCACUCCGAAAUCAAUGCGCGAGUUGAACAUGAGCGCAGGGGGGUCACUCCUUAAGUUGGGAGAAUAUGAUGCACUUGAGGUGAUUGAAAGGGUAGCCUCAAAUGCUGAGGGAUGGAGGAACAAGAGAAGCAAAACCUACAUGGUGGCAUCUGCAUCGGACGUUGAUAGGAUGGACAUGAUGUCUAAGCAGCUGGAUUUCUUGACUAGCAAGCUUGGUUUUAUGGGAACAGAGCCAUUUAGGCUCGAAAGCCAUCAAAGGAUUGAAGAUGUAAAUUAUGUGCAUCAAGGGGGCAACAAUAGGAACUUCAACAACUACCGUCCCAAUCAAGGGGGUGGUAACUACAACAAUUAUGGGAACAAGCCUCCCCCGGGGUUACAAGUGUCAAAUGGCCAAAUUAAGGAGCUAAAGAAGGUCGAGCUUGAAGAUGUCUUGAUGGCGUUUAUGAAACAAACAGGGGAUUGUAUGGCCGACUCUGAUAAGAGGCUGAAAAAGGUAGAGUCAGAGGUGCAAGACUUGAGCACACACAUGAAGAGUAUGGACAAUCAAAUGAGUCAGAUAGCUCAAUCUGUGAGCAAAUUACAUACAUCGGGCCAAUUUCCAGGGCAGCCAAUUGUGAACCCCAAAGAUUGCAAGGCAAUCCAGCUUAGGAGUGGUAAAAGCUAUGAGGGUCCACAUAUGCCAGAGACUGUAGUUGAAAAGGAGAAGGAAGCAGAAUUAGGCAGAGCCAGAUUAGGAGGAGGAGCCUGA